GGAAGCUGCAAUAGCUGGUCAAGAAAUAAAACUUCUAAAAUAUGCAAAAAAAUCCCAAUGACAUGCUGCUGAAAAAUAAAAAAACUUGCUACUUCUUUUCGUUAUUCGAAAGGGGCAACAGAAGAAUGAAAUUUCAGCACUUUACUUUGAUCUUUUUUAUCAAAUAUUUAACAUUAAUUUAUGCAGACACUUUUAUGAUGGGCUAUUUAACUGGAUCUGCACGGCUUCCCGGCAAUAAUGACUAUGCGAGACCAGGCCUGACUAUUUCUGGAGCCAUCAGCCUUGCGGUUGAUGAAAUUAACUAUUUGCACCCUUUAAUUGACGGACACAUCUUAAACUUUACAGUGGCUGAAACUUAUGGUGAAGAAGAAGAAAGUAUUUACCAGGUUGCAGUCUUGUGGACUCAGAAUAUUUCUGUAUAUAUAGGACCCCAAGAAACAUGCAUCCAUGAAGCAAAGAUGGCAUCGGGAUUCAAUCUGCCAAUGAUUUCAUAUUUUUGCUCUCAUCCAGAUACUUCGGACAAAGAGUUAUUCCCAACCUUCGCAAGGACUCGUCCAUCCGAUACUCAUAUCUCCAGGUCUGUCGCUUCUCUGCUGUUGACAUUCAGGUGGAUGAAAAUUGCUUUUCUGUAUUCCAGCAACCAAGAAGGCAAUUUUAAGGAAGUAUCGAGAACUAUAGUUAGUGUUCUAGAUGAUUCAGGCAUACAAAUCGGGUUUAUGGGAACAUGGCGAGACACUUACCAUCAUGGAUACGGAGAGAAUCCAUUUGAAUCUCUCGUCCAGGAUUCGUAUCAAGAAGCUCGAAUUUAUGUCAUUUUGGGCUAUUACUAUGAACACUUGGGAUUGAUGAUGAGUCUACAAAAGAGAGGACUCCUGGAUGACGGAGAAUACUUCGUCGUAGGUGUUGAUAUAGAGCAGUACGAAAGUCAAAAUCCAACGAAAUAUUUGAAAGGAUUACUGAGGGAUGAAAUCGAGGAAGAUGCUAAGAAAGCAUUUCAAUCCUACGUGAGUGUUGUUCCUUCCGCCCCGAUCGGAUUUGAAGACUUUAGUCAGAAAGUAAACAUGUAUAUGCAGUUACCGCCUUUCAAUUUUCCCAAUCCAGCUAGCACCUUCGGAGGGAAAAAGAAGAUACCCGCAGGUGGUGCUUAUUUGUAUGAUGCAGUCUACGUGUAUGGUCGAGCACUUAACGAAUGCCUUUUAAAUAAGCAGGAUCCGUAUGACGGCAGAGGAAUAAUGAAAUUCAUCACUAAAAGAUCAUAUAUGAGUGCUAUGGGAUACAUGGUUUACAUGGACCAAAAUGGUGAUGUAGAAGGCAAUUACUCAUUGAUAUCUCGAAAAGAAGUUCCUGGAAAAUUAGGAGAGUAUGGAUUAUAUCCCGUUGGCGUUUUUCAGCUCUCGGAGAAUCAAUCGACUUUGCCCAUUUUGAAAUUUCUGUCGGAGAUCGACUGGGUUGGAGGAAUUCAACCACUAGAUGAGCCAAUUUGUGGCUUCCAUGGAAGCAAAUGCGUGGUGUGGAAACUUGCCAUAUUUGUAAUCGGAAUUACAACCGCAGUGUUGCUGAUAUUUUUGCUGAUAACUUACAGGAACUGGGCUUAUGAGCAGGAACUUGAUAGCCUAUUAUGGAAAAUUGAUUACAAGGAUGUCCAAAUAAAUGAGAAUACUCCAACGACAAACAGCUCGAGACUCCCUAAGGGUGCCCAUCCCCUAAUUCAGACGAGCCAAAUAUCACUUAGUUCAAACGCUGAUGGAGAUUUUAGGUACUCCAAUAUAUAUACGAUGGUGGGCAUUUAUAAAGGUAGGUUACUGGCAGUGAAACGUUUUAGGAAGAAGAGUUUAGAUAUCACAAGAAAGAUGAAAAAAGAACUGAAAACGAUGAGAGAUUUACAUCAUGAUAAUUUGAAUCCCUUUAUUGGAGCGUGCGUAGAGCCUCCGAAUAUCUGCAUUAUUACAGAAUAUUGCUCAAGAGGCAGCCUAAAGGUACUAGUGUUCAUACUUACUGUGCUUGGGAUAUGCGUAUAAUAAAGCUAUUACGAUUACCAUUCUAAAUUAAAUAUGCGAUAAAUAGUAAAAUAUUAUUUGCUGAAUUACAUAACGAUCUUUUUUAAUUGUUAAUGCUUACUCAUUUCAUGUACAAUACAUUAUUAUUUAUACUUUUAUUUGAAAUGCAUA